UCUUCAACCAUUCUUCUCCUCUUGUUCUUGUUCCUUUUUCUCCUUUAUCCCAAUUGUCUUUACUGUGCAGACUAAUGGGGAGAUUGUUUGUGGUGAAUCUGGAAGGGAAGAUCUAUAGCUGCAAACACUGUCAUACCCAUCUUGCUCUUUACGAUGACAUCUACUCAAAGACAUUCCACUGCAGACAUGGGAAAGCUUAUCUCUUCAAUAAGGUUGUGAAUGUUUCUAUUGGAGAAAUGGAGGACAGACAGAUGAUCACAGGGUUACAUACCGUGGCUGACAUUUUCUGUGUGGGUUGUGGAUCGAUUGUGGGUUGGCAAUAUGAAACUGCCUAUGAAAAAAACCAGAAGUACAAGGAAGGAAAAUCCGUGCUUGAACGGUACAAAGUGUCAGGUCCGGAUGGAAGCAAUUAUUGGAUCAGUCAUGAGGCACAUGUUGGUGGAAGUGAUGCAGAUGAUGCUUAGUCAUCCUACCAUUCACAAUUCACAUAUUUGGAUGAAGAAAGUCUUUCAAGUGCCCUGAUUAUGACUCUCACUAAAUUGAAUGUUCUGAAAUAAAAGACUGCUUCAAAAAUGUAUAACUAAAACUUUGUUGGCUGAACUCACUCUAGUUUCUUCUUGAAUCAGAUUUUCAUCAAUUCUGAUGCCAAGUAGAAUAUGUUUGAAUGUAUAAUGACCUAAACGGAUGUGUCUUAGUCUUAGUGCAUGAGUGGUUGUGUGAGAUAUACUGAAAGGAGAAAACUUGAAUGUAUUUAAGUUACUUGUGUAUGGUUUUCAAAAAUUGAAAUUAGAAUUUCAUGUUGUUAAUUUGAGCUGA